UCAGCUGUACUGCACUACGAAAACUUCUACAAAUUCCCACUUCCAGUUUCGCAACUGUUGGAUUAUUAGAUCGACCAAGUGCCAGAGCAUUAAGAAUCAUGAUAGUGGAUUAAUUUUGGCAGUUAAAACGUUGAAACUUAUCAGUAUUCAGCAUCCCUAGGAAUCUUCCCGAACCGGAGCAAAACCGCUGGCAGAGUCUGCCUCUGGUACCGUGCUUCACAAAUCACGAUUCGCGGGAUUGUAAUCAUGGGAAAAAUCAAAAAAACGAAGAAGUUCGCUGCCAUGAAACGGAUGAUAAGCUUGAAGGAUUCCCGAAUCAAACCCGAGCAGCGCGAAAUCAAAAAGAAGAAGAAGGAUGCCAAUCAUCAAGAGAUCCAGAUCGUGGAAGCACCGCAGUAUUCCUCCGCAUUGUUUCUCAAGUACAACACGCAGCUGGGUCCGCCGUUCCGAAUUCUUAUCGACACAAAUUUUGUGAAUUUUUGCAUCCGCAAUAAGAUCGAUGUCAUCCAAGGCAUGAUGGACUGCCUGUAUGCCAAGUGUUUUCCCUAUGUGACGGAUUGUGUGCUGGGGGAAUUGGAAAAGCUGGGCACCAAAUACCGCAUUGCUUUGAAGGUCGUAAAGGAUCCAAGAUUCGAGCGCCUCCCGUGUAUGCAUAAAGGCACGUAUGCUGAUGACUGCCUUGUUCAGCGCGUAACUCAGCAUAAAUGCUACAUUGUGGCCACUUGUGAUAAAGAUCUGCAGCGACGAAUCCGCAAAAUUCCCGGCGUUCCCGUAAUGUACAUCAAGGAUCACCGUUGCACCAUCGAACGGUUACCCGAUGCCUUUGGUGCGCCGAAAGUUUAGCAUGCCGAUGGUGUUGAAAGAUGUGUCUUUCCGGAAUGGUUUACAAUUUUCUCGUGAUAUUUAACACUUGAUAGUCGGUACCUGCUCGCGCGUUUUGAGUAUUGACUGAUGUGCUCAUAAAUUGUUCAUGCAGUAAUUGAGCGGUUGCCUACUCGUAUGGAUUUGACUAGAAGUAAACCGAAACAGAGUACUAGUGGGCGAU